UUCCCAAUUGCUAUUUUCCAAGGUCAAGCAGUUUCAGACAACAAUAAAUUUGCCAAAAAUGGUAUCUUCGAACAAACUUCGAACCAAAACCACAGAUCUCUCUGUGAAAUCUUGGGCAUUUCGUUUCUUUAGGGUUUCAGUAUAAAUCUCGUCUGACCACCCGAAUCCCCUAUCCUCCUAUCAGCUCCCAGACGAUCGGACCUUGCAAAGAUGAGCCCCUUCGCCGGAGUUCUCUUCCUUUGCUUCGUCUCUCUCUCUGCCGCCGUAAAUGCCGAAAGCUCCGGUCUGAUAUCCGAUCUCUGCAGACACUCUGAGGAUCCCGUUUUCUGCGUCUCGAGCCUCCAGACUCCUCCCGAUUCCGGCGAGCGCGCCUCCACGUCGAACCAGGUCGAGACCAUAGCGAUCUCAGCCGCGUCGGCGAGCGCCUCCGCCACUUCCGUCUACAUCAAGGAAAAGCUCCGGCGACAGGAUCUGGAGCCGGCGACGGAGGACACUCUCGAGGAUUGCCUGAAGAACUACCAGGACGCGGCGGAGCAGCUCGACGACUCCCUUGCCGCCCUCCUCGCUAACUCCUACGCCGACAUCGACGCUUGGAUCGACGCCGCCAUCAGCGCGGUCGAGACAUGCGGCAGCGCGUUGGAGUCACGCGCCGGGAGCGAUGACGAGCUCUCGAGGAGGAACGCUGUUUUCUUCAAGCUGUGCAAGAACGCUGCGAUGAUCAAUAAAAUGUUGACUUGA